UAAAGUAAUAGAAACUGUAAGAUUUUUCUUAAAUGUGAAAUAAACAACAGUGCAAAAUGAAGAUUUUCUUCUCUAUAGUGGCCCUAACGGCCCUUUUUGUAAAUUCACAAUCACAGUUAUUUGUGCCGGCUAAUGUCCUCAUACCGGUAUACAAUAUUUCGCGUCCGGCCCUUAACCACACCCAUUGGAACCCACCGGCCCUUAACAACACGCAUUGGAAACCACCGGCGCUUAAUAAGACGGCCCCUAACGUGUGGAAUUACACAACUCCCAGAGGUGACGUAAUAAUUGGAAACAUCGGAAAUUUGGAUAGGCUACUAUUUAAUCAGGCAUAUUACAAACCGAGUCGUUUGUGGUCCAGCCGAGAAAAAAUCAUCGAAUAUCCCAAAGAUGGAAAAUACGGUUAUAACAGUCACGAGACGAUAAGUUCAAUCAGAAUUUAUAACCAAUUCAACAAUGGUUUAGAUUCGAAAGCGGAAAUUUUGUCAGGUGGAGUCGGUUCUAAAUUUGUCAAAAUUAAAUUGUCUUCCCGUCGAAACAAAGGUUUCAGGUAUUUAGUCCAUAUUUUCGGACACUAAUGUGUAAUAUUUAAAAUAAAUGAUGGUGAAGGGAA